AUGUACGACACAGGGCAAGAAACCCGCGUUAAUGGUGUUUUUAACUCUGAAAAAGUUGCUAUUCUUGAUGCUGGAGCUCAGUAUGGGAAGGUGAUAGAUCGACGUGUGCGAGAGCUGUGUGUAGAAUCGAUAAUGGUCCCUCUAGAAACAAGUGCACAGACACUAUUAAAAGAAGGGUACAAGGCUAUUAUUAUCUCUGGUGGUCCUGGUUCUGUGUAUGCUGAAGAAGCACCAAAGUAUGAUCCUGAGAUAUUUCAUUGUGGACUACCAGUUUUGGGGAUUUGCUAUGGCAUGCAGAUGUUGAACACAGAAUUUGGUGGCAGUGUUCUGAAAAAGGAUAUCCGAGACGAUGGUCAAUUUAAGGUUCAGAUAGACACAAAAUCAGCUUUAUUCAAGGGUCUUGAUAAAGAAGAGUUGGUGCUUUUAACACAUGGAGAUGGAGUGGAUAAGGUUGCUGUCAACCUUAAGGUCAUAGCUACUCGUGGGCGUUCCAUUUCAGCUAUUGCCAAUGAAAAAUUAAAAAUUUAUGGACUCCAAUUUCAUCCAGAGGUUGAUCUAACAGAAAAGGGCAAAGAGAUCAUGAAAAACUUCCUUUAUGAUAUUGCUGGACUUAAAGGUUCUUUCACCAUGCAUAGUCGAGAAAUUGAAUGUAUUGAAUUCAUCAAAAAAACUGUUGGUGAUAAAAAAGUGCUGAUGUUGGUUAGUGGAGGAGUGGACUCUACUGUUUGUGCUGCACUUGUACACAGAGCACUUGGAGAGGAAAGGGUCAUUGCUAUUCAUGUUAAUAAUGGCUUUAUGAGAAAAAAUGAAAGCCUUCAAGUGGAACAUUCACUUCGGCAACUAGGUUUGAAAUUAAGAGUUGUUGAUGCCUCCCAUCAGUUUUAUAAUAGCAUGACUACUGUCCCCAUUGACAAAAACGAUCCUGUGAGGAAAAGAACUACAAAAAUGUUAUGCAUGACCACAAAUCCUGAAGAAAAGAGAAAAAUAAUUGGAGACACAUUUGUGAAUGUUGCCAAUGACAUUGUUUCAGAGCUACAGUUGAAGCCAGAUGAUGUGUUUCUAGGACAAGGAACUUUACGACCUGACCUAAUAGAAAGUGCCUCCAAGAUAGCCAGUAAUCAAGCUGAUACAAUCAAAACACACCAUAAUGACACAGAACUUGUGCGUCUUUUACGAGAAGAAGGAAGAAUUGUAGAACCAUUAAAAGAUUUUCAUAAGGAUGAAGUAAGAGUGUUGGGAAAGGACUUAAGUCUACCAGUGGAACUUACUCAGAGACAUCCAUUUCCUGGGCCAGGACUGGCUAUUCGAGUAAUAUGUUCAGAAGAUGCUUACAUGGAGAAAGACUUUUCAGAAACUAGUGUUUUAGCCAAGGUUAUUGUAGAUUAUUGCAAUGCUCUUGAAAAGAAACAUGCACUCAUUAACCGUGUACAAAAUGGAACAUCUGAUGAUGAACAACUUUUCUUAGUUAAGUUAUCUCAAGAAUACAAACUGACAACUACACUUUUGCCCAUUCAAAGUGUUGGAGUGCAGGGUGACAAACGAACUUACAGCUAUGUUGUUGGUCUUUCUAGUAAUGAAAGCAUUAGAGACUGGGAGGAUUUAAUGGUCUUAGCUAAACUAAUUCCAAGAAUCUGUCACAAUAUCAACAGGGUGGUUUAUAUAUUUGGAGAUGCAGUCCAGUUCCCAGUGCAGGAUAUCACACCCACCUUCCUUACCACAGGGGUUUUAAGUACACUACGACAGGCUGACUUCUUGGCACAGAACAUAUUGCAUUCUAGUGGAUACUAUAAUCAGAUUUCACAAAUGCCCAUAAUUCUCAUCCCCAUUCAUUUUGACCGUGACGUUGUCUCCAGGCAGCCAUCGUGUCAACGAUCCAUUGUUAUCCGGACUUUCCUUACAAGUGAUUUCAUGACGGGUAUUCCGGCCAUACCUAACAAACAUUUGCCUCUAGAGAUUUUGAACAAGAUGGUAGCUGAAAUACAUACAGUUCCUGGUAUCUCACGUGUCCUGUUUGACCUUACACCAAAACCACCUGGGACCACAGAAUGGGAGUAGUCAAGUUGAAAUUAAUUGGUAUUAAAGUCUCGUACGGUUAAUCAUAUGUUAGUGGGAUCAGCUGGAAGAUUGCUGGAUUUGUAAGGAUGCAGUUGUUUUGAUUAUGUUUAGACACAAUCUUGAAUAUUAAAUUUUCUUUGAAUUAAUAUUUUGAUGAUGGAAAAAAUUUUAUUUCUUCUUCAUUGCAGUUCAAGUUAUAUUAAUGACACUUUUCAAUUGUUUAAAAAAAAUUUUAAUAAAAAGCAACCAAGAGCAAGAAUGAAAUUUAAGUUGCUAGUUAAGUAACUUUUCAUAAAAAUACAGACUUCAGUAUACAAUUGAAGAAAUCUGUCACAAAACCAAACUUAUGAUUUGUGCUGUCAGGCAACUGAUAUUUAGUUCUUGAUUUAUAUUUAUUUUUAGGUCUGUUAGUGAUGAUAAAUCAUGCACAAAGAAUGACAGUGUUAAGAAUAAUGGUGAAUAUAAACUAAGAUUAGUUUUUAAUAUCUGUUAGCUUGACAGGUUUGUUUUUUCAUCUUUGUUUUUAAAAUUUAAAGUAAUAUUCAGCAAAUUAAUAAAGUAAGUAAGAAAAAAGCAAAGUUUGACUGAAAAAAAAAACGAGUACAAAAAAAUGGUCUACAAAUUUUAAUGGUGCAGUUGUGUUUUGCACCAAUAGCUUUCUACAGAUAUAUUUUACAAUGUUUAAGCUGUUAUACUUUAAUUAUUCAUUGCUUCUCAACUGAAUUUCAAGAAGUUGUUAUUAAACUUUACAGUGUUCUGCUACUGUAUUGUCCUGUUAUUUGUUUAUGCAUUUUUUAAAGCAUAACAGUUUAUUCAUAGACUCCUUAGUAAAUGAUACUUGGAACAAUGGUAAUAAAUAGGCAACCACUUUGAAAAAUAUUUUUAUUAUUAAGCAAUGUUUUGUUUGAAAUAAACUUCAGAAAGUUGAAUGUGUUAGUUUUAUGGUUUUGUAAUUAUUUACUCUAUAAUGAUUGUUCAAUAAUUUUUUGCACACUUUACAUAGUUAUUCAGUUGUAAUGCAGAAAUAGUGGUGUCAAUAUUAAUUUGACUCGUAUGAGGUUUCACUAAGAGAUCGGAAAUAACAUACAGUAAAUAAAUGUUGGGGAAAAGUAAUUCAAUGCAUUUCUUUGUUCUCGGUUACAAAAAAGAAGUAAUUAUCUGGCCUUGAAUCCAGAACACCUUUUUUUUUUUCUUCUCCUUCAAAGAUUCUUCGAUAAAUUGUUUUAGUGUUAAUUUUUAGGUGGAGUGUCUUCUUAAAUACUGAUGUAUUUUCAAUGAGUUUUGUUUUCAUAUAUAAAAGAAUGUUUUAAUUAGAAAUUUCAGAUGCUUGAAUAGUAUAUAGUUUCUACUAAUGGACUAAAUGUAAAUCGAAUUUUAUGUAAAUUAAAGUCUUUGAUAUAAAUUUGAUAUUCUAUCACUAAAUAUUAAAAGUAACUAUUCUGAAAGGAUAAAUUGUUUUUUUUUUAUUGAACCAUUUGCAAACCAUUAGUCUUCAAUUACAAAGUCCUUGAAGAUGUGAAUAGCAAUCUAAAGAGAAAUGAUAAGGUAACUCCAGUAUAUGAAAAGGACUUAAUGAGGUUUCCUUUAUGAUAAAAAUAACAAUUAGUAUAGUUAAUGCAGGGAAUUGGGAAUAUAUUCUAGUAAUACUGAGACUUCUUCAAAACAAAUUACAAUGUGAUGUAAUAUAAAUUAAGUCUCACCUUCCAUUAAGUAUUUCAAAAUGCAUAAUAUUCCAGAAAGUUUUUACACCAACAAGUAGGGGGGGUGAAUAAUUGUAUUUUUUGUUAAAAGCAAAAUUUGAUGAUUUAAUUAUGAGAAAAACUUCAUUACUUUUAAGUUAGAGUUACUGUUUGUUCCAUUUCUUGGAAAGUAAGUCUGCAGGAAAUAAAAAUAUCAAUGUAUUAUAGAUGUCUUUAAUUUUGUUGGUUUUUUAACUCCUUAUAUUUCUUUAUUUAAUGAACCUAUAGUUCUGGAGUUAUGCAGGGUUUAUAUAUAGCCAAAAAUAAACUUUCUUGAAUAUAGCUGAACUCUAGAGUUUCAAAGACCCAAUUCUGUAGUGUUAGGAAUUUGUACAAGAGCUGUUGUUAUGAAAAUAUUGGUAAGCUAUAUACAUUAUUUUAACAAAUUGCAAUUUUCCGUUAGCACUAAAAGCUGUUUUAUAAAUGUAUUAGUAGGUUUUGCAUGACAACAAGAAAUGAUUUUCACCUGAAAACAGACACGGGCCCACUAAGGGGUUCAAAAAAAUCUAAACCAUAAGUUUUUCAUUAUUGAUUUGAUAAAUUAAACUAUAACAAUAAUUAAAAUAAACAUUUCAUCAUCAUCAUAAUUUACAACCCUAUUUUCAAUGCAUUUAGGAAAUGAUUAGGCUAUACGUGUAUUUGAAUAAACUUGAAACCAAUUGUUCAGCAUCACCCUUAAGAGUGGUUUUACAUCUAAAGUGAUUUUCAUAUCUUCUUAAUUAUAACUUCAUAAUUUAUGGAAAUUUGUUGGUAAUUAAUAAUAACUUCUGAUUAUAAAAAGCUACCCACUUAGAGCAAAACUCAAUAAUGUCUGAAGUUCAUACAGCUUAGAUUUAGGUUACUUCUAAAUACAUCUAUAAAGCUAACAAUGCUAAACAUUCAAUAUAAUAAAAGUAUAAUAAUAAAAAUAAAAAAUACUAAAAUUAAAUGUAUUAAACAUACUAAUCAGUACUGUUAAUGAAAGUAUUAUAAGAGUAUACCUUACAGAACAUACAAACACUAGCUGUUCGCUUCAAGUGGUGAUGUAGUAAUGCAAUGUUCACUUACAUAAAUAAAAAAAAUUUAAAAAAAGGUAAUUUUUGACUGCUUUUAACUACAUUGAACAUUUCAUUAAGUACUUUGUACAAAUAUGGUCAUUUUAAAGAAUAAAGUUAUAAAUAUCCAUUAUAGAUUUAAUAUAAUUAUUAGAUUUGCACAAGAUGAUGUAAAUGAUUUGGAUGAAACUGAAAAUACAGCUUUGACAUGUAAUAUAUUUAUUUCGUGAUAUGUAAUUAAUGUUUUGCUAUGUAACUUGCAAAAAGAGCCUACACUUUCAGCUGACCCCUGACUGAAAUGAUGGCAUGUUGGUACUGUUAAUCUGCCUUAUGUAUUCAAUUUUACUGUAUGUAAACAAACUUUGAGCAUUGUUUAUUUUCAUUUGUUUUUGCUGCAUUUAACCAU